AACUUUGAGCUUAGCCGUUGAAACAAUCAGUAAAAAGAAUUUGCUCAUCACUUGAAGAGCUGAAGAUGGUAUUUGAUUUUGUUCAUAUGAUCACCAAAUACUGUUAGGAUAUAAAGAUAGGAUUUUGAUUGUUAGCAAGCAACAUGGAAUCACAUGAAUCACAUAAACUGCUUCAAAUUCUACUUCCAACUCUGGAACCAAAUAAUCAUCAGCAACAAACACUCAUAAUCUUCGUAUCAUGUGAAGAUUACGUUAAUAUAUGUUUUUCUUAAACCUCUUGGUUGGGCGCUCCAUUAUUCCUAGUCGUUUAAUUCUGAAAAACGAAGAGAGGUCUAAGAAAAGGAUUUUCGGUAAAAUCUGUUGAAAUCAUGCUAACCGAUAAACGCACCGUACCAACAACAGUUAACAGGUCCAAGAAAAACUAGAAAAGUAUUGUGCUUCAAGAAAGAGAACAGGGUCAGGUGUUUGAUGCAAGACCGAGGAUCCCAUCAAACAAGAUGAGGAAAUCAAAACGAAAGCAGACUUUCAGUGCUAGUACGAAGAAAAUCGAAAUGGAAACAGCGGCGGCUGUAGUGGGAAGGAGAGGAAUCUUUCUUUUGUGUAUUCUUGCUAUCUUAGUGGGUAUGGCCAGUGUAACAAAUGGGCAGUUCUCUACCUUAUCGACGGAAGGUGGGUCGUAUGGUGCUGCAUUGUACGUGAUGGGAGACUCUUCUGUGGACUGUGGAGACAAUACUCUCUUCUACCCACUUGUUCGCCACAAUCUUUCUUUACUUCCUUGCAAUGGGUCUGCAAGCCUUCUCCCUCAUCUUCUUGCUGGGAAGAUAGGCUUGCCAUAUAUCCCAUCAUUCUACAGUCAAAAUGGAUCCAUUGAUGGGCUUCUAAGUGGCGUGAAUUAUGGAUCAGCACAAGCAACAAUCAUGAAGCCUAGCAGUCAAAGCCACCAGUCUCUCAACCAACAGCUGCGCCAGGUGUCUGAGACCUUCCAGAUUUUGCAGCUGCAGCUUGGCGAUGAUAGUGCUCAACGUUUUAUCAGAUCCUCCAUAUUCUACCUCUCCUUUGGCAAAGAUGACUACAUUGACCUCUUCCUCCGCAAUACCUCAGGCAUAAUGCUUAAGUACAGUGGUCCAGAAUUUGCUCACAUUUUGGUUAGCCAGAUGGUAGAUGCGAUAAAGUACCUAUAUGAUGCCAAUGUGAGGAAGAUUAUAUGCUUAGGAAUAUUACCUUUGGGAUGUACGCCUCGUGCAGUAUUGGAUUGGUACAACAUAACUGCUGUGGGCGAUGAUGAUUAUGGAAGCGGUUGCGUGGAGGAGAUCAAUGAGCUGAUUUUGGAAUAUAAUACUAUGCUUGAUGAGCGAAUUGUUGAAAUGAAGUCAGAGUUGCCUGAUGCUCAGAUAAUAUUCUGUGACGUGUACCAAGGAAUUAUGGAGAUCAUAACCAACCAAAACCUCUACGGAUUUAAGGAUAUAGAGAACGCAUGUUGUGGAGUAGGCUUGCGCGGUGCUAUGGUCGGAUGCCUCUCUGUAGAGAUGGCAUGCAAUGAUGCUGCAGAUCAUGUCUGGUGGGAUCUCUAUAACCCUACACAUGCAGUCAACUCCUUGCUGGCUGAUUCGACCUGGUCUGGCCAAUCCCUACCGAGCAUCUGUCGCCCUUUUAGUGUACAGAAUUUGGUUUCCACUUCUGUGCCGGACCUGAACUGAGUGUCCAUAUGGCAGCUGUAUUCUUUGUUCGAUCAUCUCUUUCUGUUUCUUCUCAAAGGUUUGGCUGGUUUAGCUGAUCGAACCUGAUUCAUGCUUCUUUUGCUCAGAUGAAUGUAAAGAUCAAAAGAAGCAUUGAAUCAACACUUCAAUUAAGCAUUGUAUCAAUGCUUCUUUUGCUCAGAUGAAAUGUAAAGUUCUUUUAAGUAUUGUUCAAUACUUCCCAAAAAUAUUGCGGAUCAUUUGGUUGGAGGGUUAUGCUUCAAUUAAGCU